GGUACCGGCGACCGAGGUCGCCAUGACUACCGAGCCGGUGGCCGCGGAGCCCGCGGUGCCGUCGCUCGUGGAUCGUUACUUCACUCGCUGGUACAAAGCAGAUGUCAAAGGAAAACCCUGUGAGGACCACUGUAUACUACAGCACUCAAACCGAAUAUGUGUCAUCACAUUGGCAGAAUCUCAUCCAGUUCUUCAAAGUGGAAAAACAAUUAAAAGCAUUUCCUAUCAAAUCAGUACCAACUGUAGCAGACUUCAGAACAAGGUCUCUGGGAAAUUUAAGCGGGGGGCACAAUUUCUAACAGAACUUGCACCGCUAUGUAAGAUUUACUGCUCAGAUGGAGAAGAAUACACCAUAUCUAGCUGUGUUAGAGGACGAUUGAUGGAAGUGAAUGAAAACAUUCUCCAUAAACCAUCUCUUCUUCAAGAGAAGCCAUCCACCGAAGGCUACAUUGCAGUUGUGUUGCCCAAAUUUGAAGAAAGUAAAAGCAUAACAGAAGGGUUACUCACACAAAAGCAGUAUGAAGAAUUCGUGGUGAAACGCAUUAAUGCCACAGCAACUACAUCAUGAGGAUUGAGAUGGAAUAAAAAGCAACAUGGGAUUCUUAUCCUUUCUUGGCCUAAAGGAUCAGUGCAC